GUAGUGUUUGGAAGGAAUACUGGGCCGGCUAUCAGUUUAUGCCCAAUAUUCGAGCUGCGACGAUUUAUGUUGUUGCUAAUGCGAUGCUGCAGGGUAGAUGUCAUGCUAGAACGCCAUGUUUCGUAUUUACCUCGGAAACCGAAUUAUUAUGAGGUUCUUGGUGUGGAACGGAAUGCUACCGAAGCAGAAAUUAGGAGUGCAUUUGUGAAGAAGUCACAUGAGCUUCAUCCUGAUCGCAGAGCGAGAUCGCAAGACAGGCGUGUGGGAUGGAAACGAGGUUCUAACACAGAGUCAUUUAUGAAAGUCAAGGAGGCAUAUGACUGUUUGAGGAAACCGACCACCAGAGCGAACUACGACGAUAGUUUAAUUAGUAGUGCCGGCUUUCUUCAAGAGGUACAAGCAAAAAUCCUUGCAUGGUAUCAAUAG